AUGGAGAGCGAGCGCGACAUGUACCGCCAGUUCCAGGACUGGUGCCUUAGGACUUACGGGGACUCAGGCAAGACCAAGACGGUGACCCGUAAGAAAUACGAGCGGAUCGUCCAGCUCCUCAACGGCUCCGAGUCAAGCUCUACCGACAAUGCCAAAUUUAAAUUCUGGGUCAAAUCGAAGGGUUUCCAGCUGGGCCAGCCGGAUGAGGUCCGCGGGGGAGGCGGCGGCGCCAAGCAAGUGCUCUUCGUGCGGGUCAAGACCACGGAUGGCGUUGGAGUUGAUGAGAAGCUGUCUUUAAGGCGAGUGGCUGUGGUUGAAGAUUUCUUUGACAUCAUCUAUUCCAUGCACGUGGAAACAGGGCCGAAUGGAGAACAAAUUCGGAAACACGCUGGACAGAAGAGAACUUACAAAGCAAUUUCAGAGAGCUACGCCUUCCUACCAAGAGAAGCGGUGACUCGGUUUCUAAUGAGCUGCUCCGAGUGUCAGAAAAGGAUGCACUUGAACCCAGAUGGAACCGAUCACAAAGAUAAUGGAAAGCCUCCUACACUGGUGACCAGCAUGAUUGACUACAACAUGCCAAUCACCAUGGCGUACAUGAAGCACAUGAAACUGCAGCUGCUAAACUCACAGCAAGAUGAGGAUGAAAGUUCUAUAGAAAGUGAUGAAUUUGAUAUGAGUGAUUCAACACGGAUGUCAGCCGUGAACUCUGACCUUAGUUCGAAUCUGGAAGAAAGAAUGCAAAGUCCCCAGACUCUCCAUGGCCAGCAAGACGAUGACUCUGCUGCAGAGAGCUUUAAUGGCAAUGAGACUCUGGGGCACAGCUCAGUUGCUUCAGGGGGAGCUCAUGUCAGGGAGCCUGGGGACUCCAGCAGUGAUGGCAAAACUGGGCUGGAGCAGGAGGAACAGCCACUGAAUCUGAGCGACAGCCCCCUCUCUGCGCAGCUGACUUCAGAAUACAGGAUAGAUGAGCAAGGCAGUAAUGGGAAAAGCAAGUUUAAGAACCUUCUAAUCUCUGACCUCAAGAUGGAAGGAGAAGCAAGAGAAAACGGAAGCAAGUCUCCAGCACACAGCUACUCCAGCUAUGAUUCUGGCAAGAAUGAAAGUGUUGACCGGGGUGCAGAGGAUCUGUCACUCAACAGGGGAGAUGAGGAUGAAGAUGACCAUGAUGAACAUGAGGAUUCUGAGAAGGUGAACGAGACAGAUGGCGUGGAAGCUGAGAGGCUGAAAGCUUUCAAUAUGUUUGUCAGGCUGUUUGUAGAUGAAAACUUGGACCGAAUGGUCCCAAUCUCUAAGCAGCCCAAAGAAAAGAUCCAGGCUAUCAUUGACUCAUGCAGGCGACAAUUCCCUGAGUAUCAAGAGCGUGCCAGGAAACGUAUCCGUACUUACCUCAAGUCCUGCAGGCGGAUGAAAAGAAGUGGUUUUGAGAUGUCUCGACCUAUUCCUUCCCACCUUACUUCAGCAGUUGCAGAGAGUAUCUUGGCUUCAGCCUGUGAAAGCGAGAGUAGAAAUGCUGCCAAGAGGAUGCGUCUGGAUAAACCCCAGGACGAAACGACUCCUGCUGACAAACAGUGCAAGCCCGAGGCAGCCCAGGCCACCUACUCAACAUCUACUGUUCCAGGCUCACAGGAGGUAUUGUACAUCAAUGGCAAUGGGACCUACAGUUACCAUAGUUACCGAGGGCUAGGAGGAGGACUGCUAAACCUGAAUGACACAUCUAGUAGUGGACCCACGGAUCUCAGCAUGAAGAGGCAGCUGGCAACUGGCUCAGGAUCCUCCAGCAGUUCAAACUCCAGACCUCAGCUGAGUCCAACAGAAAUCAACGCUGUGAGACAGCUUGUCGCAGGGUACCGAGAAUCAGCUGCAUUUUUAUUGCGUUCUGCAGAUGAACUGGAAAAUCUCAUUUUACAACAGAACUGAGGCAAACGAUGUCCAUAGUCACUGAGUUCUGAAUUUGCAGUUUCCACUAAUGACAGUUGAUUUCCCAGCAGAGAUACUCCUGGUCUUGCUGCACAGUCUUCUAAGAGAAAUACUUCCAUCAUGCCAUGUCGUCCUUGAUCUAUACACUGGUGUGUUAAGGAACUUCAAAGGAACUCUGACCUUGAAGUACUUGAGAUGCUUAAUGUGCCCAGCCUGUUGCUUUCUGUUUUAGUGUGUCAACAUAAAUAUCACAAGCAAUUUUUAAAAGGCUGCAUAUUCUUAAUUCAAGGAUAAAAAUGAAGCUUGGGGUAUAUAAAAUAUAGCUCAAGAUCCAACUGAAAUAUUAGUGGAACUUUCUACUGACUCACUGGACUGAAAGCUGAAGUAUCUGAAAAAAAAAAAAAAGCCAAAUUUCUUGUUGCUACAGGAUAUGACAACAAUGAAAAGGAUCUUGUAUUUUAAAAGAAAAAUGUAAUUUUUAUAAAAAGAAUACUUGUUUUUCAUUCGAAAUGGUCAUUUUUACUUUGGUAACUUUUUCAUAGGUCCUAAAAGAAAACUGUUUUUUGAGAAACUACUGUAAGUAUCCUUCCCACAUCCCUUUUGCCUUCUCCUCUUUCCAAAUUCUUUCUACAAAAUAAUAAUAAUAACACUCAAUGCUGGGAAACAAACAAACAAACAAACAAACCCUUUGCCCACUUUCUUUAAGCCGCCCCAUGAGGAACUACUUCCAAGAGAUGCCUGCAAUUCUGUACUUCUGCCAGUCUCAAAACACCCACGCCACAAGGCAGCUUACCACAGCAGUUUUCAUGACCGAGGUUUCUAAACGUUAUAAAAAGAUGUGCUGAAACGCAGCACACCGUGCUUGCCCUAAAGCUGCUGGCCCCUGGCUGUGCCGCUGCCCCACAAGCGACCCUCCAGAGCAGCGACUGGAUGUAGAUGACUGAAUGUUAGGAGGUUGCAAGUGACAAUCGUAAACUCUGCACUCUCGUGUGUACGUUCCAUUUCUGUUGGAAAUCGUUUCCAGAAAAGGCUGUUAUAUCUCCUGAUAUGAUUUGUAUCAUUUAGAUUUUUUUUUUGCUGAAAUUGAGAACUCUCAGCAGAUAGAGCUGAACCUUACAAUGAACUGCCCCCUCUGUCCCACAAUGCCCUUCUUUUCUCCAUUUCUAGAGUUAGACACACACACACACACACACACACACACACACACACGGAGUGGUGUUUUCUGUGCACUGAAGCAAGCCUAUUUUUAAAAUAUUUAAGAAGUGCUUUUAGUUCAUGCUUGUACUAUUUUCCUUUCUGUUGUUUAGCUUGGGUUGAAUUACAGAUUCUUUGUGCAUUCUUGAAUUUGCCUUAUUUUAUGUAAAAUGUAUGUCAUUCGGUUUUUGACAAUGAGCUGAAGGCAUCAGUGGUGUUCCUUUCCUACUUGUUACAUAUAGUUUUCCAAGUACUGACUGUGAUUGUGACCAGGUAAUGUGCACUUUUUAUUGUAACUGUGGACAUUGCUAUGCUUUUUUUCUUCUAGUGUUUCUAGAAUUAUUGUUCCUUACAGUUACGUAAACAAAAAACAAAAAACAACAAAAAAAGAAAUUUUGUGAUACUGUUGGUGAAUAUAAUGUGAAAAUCUUAUUGAAAUAUGAGUAUUUUGGAAAUACAUAGAUGCACAAACACCUUUUAAAGGUGUGAAUUUAGAGUUUGCUUAUUUAAUGAAAAUUUUAAAAAAUGAGGGCUGGUAUAAUUUUCUCUGUUUUUGUUUGGUUUAAUAAACAGAUUUCUGUGUUAAAGCAA